AUGCCUUCAACGGCUGUCAUAAUCUACUGGUUCUCAAGCUUGAAAAAAUCUGCGUUGAGGUUGAUUCAUAACAACAAUCUAAAGCUCUUGCAUAUAUCUUGCUCUCCUAUUAAUCGCAUUGAAGUGUCCGCAGCUGUUCUUGAUAUCUUCUCCGUUGGCUAUUUUAUUACGAAAGAUAACUUCUUUCUUACGGCCCCUAGACUACUCCAGUGUAGCAAAAAUUAUUGGACUGAAGCCGGAAACAUACCUAACAUGAACUACAAUAUUUCAUACAAUGCUAAGGAGCAAGAUAACAUGGGAUAUAGCUACGUUGUGAGCGAACAUACUAACUAUUUGUUGCGGUUUAUAUCUUUGGCUGUGAGUGUGGAUUUAAUGAAUCCCAAAGAAGUUUACAUGCUACAACAAGUAUUCAUUGCGUGGAAUGGAGAAAUAAAAGAUCUUGAGAUCUUUUUUAAGGUACAUUCAUUUUAUGCUUCAAUUUUAGUUAGCAUGGCAAUGUACGGUGUACCUAAGGAAGAAGGUGAAUCUUCUAUUAGCGGAGAACAAAAAAAGAAGUGGCAGAAAGAAAAUUCCUUUUUCAGUUCUAAUUUCCGCAUCAAAGUUGUGAGAAUGUACAACUUCAGUGGUUCAAACAAGGAAGAAUUGGCAUUAGCUUCACUUUUGGUGACAGAAGGGAGGGUAAGGAAGAAUUUGAUGAUUGAGACGUCGUCGCUUCCUGCAAAAAAGAAGUUGGAGAUAGAAGCAACGGUGGCCAAACUAAAGCAACUUCCAAAAGGUAACAAGAGGCUUAGUAUUGAAUGCUUUUGA